CUCUCUCUUUCUCUAUACCGAUUUCAUUUCAGUGCGUGUAUAGCAGUGUGAAUUUGUGUGUGUGUCACCUGAAGAUCACACAGAAGAAAGAGAUGGAUCAGUUCAAAGGACAACCUCGUCUUCCAAAAUUCGCCGUUCCGAAACGGUACGAAAUUAGGCUCAAGCCUGACCUCGUUGCAUGCCGUUUCGCAGGUUCCGUUGCCGUUUACCUAGACAUCGUCGCCGCUACGAAUUUCAUCGUUCUCAACGCUGCUGAACUCUCUGUCGAUGCCGUAUCAUUCACCAGCCAAGGUUCCUCCAAGGUUCUCAAUCCUUCAAGAGUUGAAUUAUUUGAAGAUGAUGACAUUCUGGUAUUGGAGUUCCCAGAAAAAGUACCCAUUGGGUUGGGUGUCCUGGCCAUUGAGUAUGAAGGAAUCUUGAAUGAUAGAAUGAAAGGGUUCUACAGAAGUACCUACGAGCAUAAUGGUGAGAAGAAGAAUAUGGCAGUUACACAGUUUGAGCCAGCUGAUGCCAGGCGAUGCUUUCCUUGUUGGGAUGAACCAGCUUGCAAGGCUACUUUUAAGAUCACACUGGAUGUACCUUCAGAGCUCAUUGCUCUCUCCAAUAUGCCAGUUGCUGAAGAAAAAAAUGAUGGAAAUCUCAAAACAGUUUCAUAUCAAGAAUCACCAAUCAUGUCUACUUAUUUGGUUGCUGUUGUUGUUGGUUUGUUUGAUUAUGUGGAAGAUCAUACCUCCGAUGGGGUUAAAGUUCGAGUAUAUUGUCAAAUUGGUAAGGAAAAUCAGGGGAAAUUUGCACUUGAUGUUGCUGUGGGAACUUUGGAACUGUAUAAGAGUUACUUUGCCACUCCCUACCCCCUGCCAAAAUUGGAUAUGAUUGCAAUCCCUGAUUUUGCUGCUGGAGCCAUGGAGAAUUAUGGUUUGGUUACAUACCGGGAGACUGCUUUGCUCUAUGAUGAUCAGCAUUCUGCUGCCGCUAACAAACAAAGGGUUGCGACUGUUGUUGCUCAUGAGCUAGCACACCAGUGGUUUGGCAAUCUUGUUACAAUGGAGUGGUGGACACAUUUAUGGCUGAAUGAGGGUUUUGCAACAUGGGUGAGCUAUUUAGCAGCUGAUGGCUUGUUUCCUGAGUGGAAAAUAUGGUCUCAAUUUCUUGAUGAAUCUACCGAGGGUCUUAGGUUGGAUGGGCUUGCAGAAUCCCACCCAAUUGAGGUGGAGGUAAAUCAUGCUCGCGAGAUUGAUGAAAUAUUUGAUGCCAUAAGUUAUAGAAAAGGUGCAUCUGUAAUCAGGAUGCUACAAAGCUAUCUUGGUGCCGAACCCUUUCAGAGGUCACUAGCUUCAUAUAUAAAAAAAUAUGCUUGGUCGAAUGCUAAGACUGAGGAUCUAUGGGCUGCGCUUGAGGAAGGAUCUGGUGAACCUGUGAACAAGUUAAUGACCUCAUGGACAAAGCAGAAGGGAUAUCCUGUUGUAUCUGUUAAAGUCAAUGACCAGAAAUUGGAGUUUACUCAGUCACAAUUCUUGUCAAGUGGUGCUCAAGGAGAAGGCCAUUGGAUUGUUCCAAUAACACUAUGCUUUGGCUCGUAUGAUGUCUCCAAAAAUUUCCUCUUGGAAACAAAAUCUGAAACACUUGAUGUUAAAGAAUUCUUGGGUUCCCGGAUUGCUGAAGACAAAAGUGUGAAUUCUUGGGUUAAACUUAAUGUGGAGCAAGCUGGUUUCUACAGGGUGAAAUAUGAUGAGCUGCUUGCAGCUAGACUUAGACAUGCAAUAGAGAAACAACUCUUAUCUGCAUCAGACCGAUAUGGCAUUUUGGAUGAUUUAUAUGCACUAUGUAUGGCUCGCCAAGAAUCAUUGACCUCCUUGAUUAACUUGAUGGGAGCUUACAGGGAGGAAGUUGAUUAUACUGUGGUGUCGAACCUGAUUACUAUAAGUCAUAAAAUUGAACGUAUUGCAGCUGAUGCAGUACCGGACUUGCUAGAUUAUUUUAAGCAAUUCUUUAUUAACCUUUUCCAGUACUCUGCUGAGAGGCUUGGUUGGGAGCCCAAACCAGGAGAAAGUCAUCUUGAUGCAAUGUUGAGAGGAGAAAUUUUGACUGCCCUUGCUGUGUUUGGACAUGAUCUGACACUGGAUGAAGCAAGCAAGCGUUUUCAGGCAUUUGUAGGAGACAGAAAUACACCACUUCUUCCCCCUGAUAUAAGAAAGGCAACAUAUGUGGCUGUAAUGCAACGGGCAAGCAAAUCUAACCAAGUGGGUUAUGAAUCUCUUCUGAAAGUAUAUAGGGAAACUGACCUAAGCCAGGAGAAAACACGCAUUCUGGGCUCACUGGCUUCUUCACCCGAUCCAGAUCUAAUUCUUGAAGCUCUUAACUUUAUGUUGUCUCCCGAGGUUCGUAGUCAAGAUGCUGUUUUUGGGCUUGCUGUUAGUCGGGAAGGACGAGACGUAGCUUGGGCAUGGCUUAAGGAAAAUUGGGAACGCAUCGUAAAAACAUAUGGUUCUGGAUUUUUGUUAUCUCGCUUUGUCAGUUCUGUUGUCUCACCGUUUGCUUCCUUUGAGAAGGCCAAGGAAGUAGAGGAAUUCUUUGCUAGCCAUGCUAAUCCCGCCAUUGCUAGAACGUUAAAGCAGAGCCUUGAGCGGGUUAAUAUCAAUGCAAACUGGGUUCAGAGCGUUCGGAAUGAGAAUACACUUGCUGAUGCUGUGAAGGAGUUGGCAUACAGGAAAUACUAGGCCAUGGAUUUAGCAUGUAUUUCCAUAAAAUGAUUGUGGUGGUGAUUCUGACUUUCUUCACUCUGUCAAUGUUACUGUAUUACUGCUGAACAUAGAUCUUGAGCUGAUCUAUAAAUAAAAAUUACCUGAUU